ACCCCCCACCAAGGGUGUUUUAAUAAAGUUACUAGUUCUGUCACUUCUGUCCUGCAGCUGCACUUUUUAACACCAGAGACAUUUUAUUUCACCAGAUGUCUGGUUAUUUUUAUCACUUCUGGAAGGUUUUUUGGAGAUGUAAGGAGUAGCUGUUCAUCUUUUCCUUAUGGUCUGCCCUCCUGUUAGCUAGCCGGUAGCUAGCUAAUAACGCUAGCCUAAAAGCGCCACAUCAUGCCAGAAGAGGAGUUUUAAUGUCCUGCUUCCUGCCGCCUGACACUUCUUGAACUUCGCAACGCUGCAGACACGAUGAUGAGACACUGGUCUGUAUCAAGAGCUAUAACCUGGGAUGUAGCCUGGACAGAGCACGGCUAAACCUCCUGCUAAAGUGUACAAGCUCUUUGCGGAAUUAGAAGCCAGGCUGCAGCUCCCGUAUGAGACUGAUACUCAGCCGGCUCCUCUCUGCUGGACCAGUGGCCAUUCAGGGAUCUCUGUGUCUUCUGGCUGUUGGUGCCAUCCAGACGUUUGGCUCUGGAUCCUUAUCCCCCAGGAAAUUCUGCCUCUCCUCUUCACUCACUUUCUUCCUAGUUUUCAUGCUGUCGUGUCUCUGUCUCUCCCUUUGUGUGACUGUCUCUUCAAUCUGUGUGCAUGACGUGCUAACUCUUGAAUGUUUGUGUUCCCUGUCCUCCUUCCAGGUCUCCGUUUUGGAGAACGAGUCGUUUUACCAUCUACAUGUAUCGCUAUUUGUUUCUUUCCUUCUUUUCUGAAGGUUUCUUCUUCUUUCCCGAAAUUAAAUGUUUUAUUGUGUGUGUCAGUUUUUUCUUAUCCAAAAUGAGUCAUAGUAACUAUGUAAGUAAAACUGACUUAACGUAACAUGCUGACGAUGAUGAUGCUCCGUAGUGGUUUUAAGCAGGUAAACUUUCCUACUUAGAUUGUUGGCAUGCUUAUUCUAGCUAAUUAGAACUGAACACAACGUGAGGCUGAUGGGAAGCUUUGCAGAUAUUUGGUUGUGAACCAAAGUAAUGGGAAAAUUUAAAUUUUGACAAGGUGGUGACGCUAGAUGAAAGAUCAUUUCAUCAAAAUUAUUCCAAUUCAUGACUGAGGGAACCAUGAAUAUCUGUACCAUAUUUCACAGUAUUCCAUCCAAUAGUUGUUGAGAUGUUUCAAUACAAACAAAAAAGUCAACCUGACGGUGGCGCUAGAGGACAAGUCAAAGUCUUUGGAUCAACAAUGCAACAGGAACAUGUGAGAUACUUCACUGAGUAAGAGAAAACUCUUCAAACGUAGAAUUUGUCUUCUAGAGACCUUGAAUAUAUGAAGAAAAUGUAAUCAAGUCAAUCCAUCUGAUAGUUGUUAAGAUAUGUCACUCAAACUAAAAUGUCAGACAAUGCUGCUCAUGUGGUUUAAAGAAUGAGUUCACCCAAAAAUGACAAUUCAGUCAUUAUCUUCUCAGGUUCACACUGGUGGAAAAACAGGUACUUUUUUGUUCGAUCUGACCACAAUCGUCUUCAUUUGCUGAGGAACAUUCUGCUUUUUUUCUGAGAAGCUCCAGAAAUUUGUCAACCACAAAACUUCCCCCAACUUUCCUUUUUCAUGGAGAUGAGUAGGUAAUGACUUGAGUUUGUGAACUUACCCUUCAAAAGUAAAAAUGACACAGUAAGACAUUUAAAAAAAAGUCUCUGUGUUUAGAAAUAGUAUGUGUUCAAAGUUUGUGGGAAAUUGCUGAUUGCAUAAAUACAUGCCUGUAAGUAUGUGCGUGUGUGUAUGCACGUGUGUGUGUGUGUGUGUGUGUGUGUGUGUGUGUGUGUGUGUGUGUGUGUGUGUGUGUGUGUGUGUGUGUGUCUGUAUAUGUCCCAUGGCUCAUUUCCAUUCUUCACACUUUGCACUUGUGAAUAAAUGUGAGCCCAGGAGAAAAUGCUGAAUUGUAGGUGGGGUGGUGCUCAACUACAUCCUCUGUUUGAAAAGCAAUAAAAUUUCUUAUUUGAGUGGAAAAAAUGAGGGGAACAACAUAAAACAACUUAACAAAGACAAAUGCGUUUUCAAGGUUGUUGAGAAUUUGAAGCACUUUGUGAGUACACAGUCAUGUUUCUAUAACCUCCUGUACUCAGGCCUUUCCUUUCCCAAGCUCUGAUAGCGAUUCAUUAAUGUCUCCUCCGGGAGUUUGGGAGAAAGGCUCAACCAGAUCUGACCUCUGAAGUGCGCAGAAAUCUUUCUUUCAGGUGGUCACGGUACACAAUGUCCGUUGUUUAAGUCAACAGGAUUUCUCAUAUAGCUACACCUUCCAAUAUUCAGUUGAAUAGCACUGAUAAAUCACCUAAUGCAGGAAACGGGAGUCUUAGAAAGCAUCUUAUCUCCUAGAGUGCAGACAUGAUUCGAUAUCCUCUUAGGUCACACAUGCUAUAGGGCCGGUGAAUUACUCCAACCUCAUGUGUGUGUGAGCUCAGCACAUGACAGAGGGGUGGAGAAAGCAUUGUGGAGGCACGGCACUAAGCCUCCCACAGCCAAUAAGAAGUUGACUGACCUCACCAUUUAGCACAAUGGUGUCCAGAUCAUCCAGCUGUUUGAGGCGGGCUCUGAAUGAACUCAACUUUUCAGCCUCACUUUAGUCACUGGAAACAGAUUAAGUCUGAGAUCAAGGUGCCACUGGCAACGUUUGGACUGUCACAGUGGAUACAGAGCUGCAGAUCACUUCUUCUGGAGUAUCUGUGAAACAUAUGCAGUGAUUUUUUUAUUUUUUUUUUUCCCUUUCAUACAUAUUCAGAGACAGCUCAGUCCCAUUCAAUGAUGUCUGCAGAGUGUUAACGUGCCUCCGAGACUGCUGUUUAUCUGCAGAGCUCAUCUGGCCCAGAUCGAGAGCUCCUGCCAAGACACUCGUAUCUGUGCAACGUGUUGAAAUCGACGAGGAGUGAAAAUGGCGCCCGCUGUCGGUGGUCCUCAAGGCUACACACCACCUGAGGGUGGCUGGGGAUGGAUGGUGGUAGCUGGUGCCUUCAUCUCUAUUGGCUUCUCCUAUGCAUUCCCGAAGUCCAUCACUGUCUUCUUCAAAGAGAUCGAGGUGAUCUUCGAUGUGACCAGCAGCCAGGUGUCCUGGAUCUCCUCCAUCAUGUUAGCAUGCAUGUACGGCGGAGGUCCUAUUAGCAGCAUCCUGGUUAAUAAAUAUGGGAGUCGACCUGUGAUGAUUGCUGGAGGAUGUCUGUCUGGAGCGGGCCUUAUUGCUGCCUCUUUCUGCAACUCUGUUCAAGCACUGUACUUUUGUAUUGGUGUGGUGGGAGGUUUAGGAUUGGCCUUCAACCUCAACCCUGCCCUCACCAUGAUUGGGAAGUACUUCUACAUGAAACGGCCAAUUGCCAAUGGGAUCGCCAUGGCUGGCAGCCCCGUCUUUCUCUCCACCAUGGCCCCUAUAAACACCUGGCUCUUUGAUAAGUUUGGCUGGAGAGGAAGUUUUUUGAUCCUGGGUGGCCUCCUCUUCAACUGCUGUGUCGCCGGAUCUCUCAUGCGACCCAUAGGACCAAAACCCAAACCUGCAGAGAAGACCACAGAAAGGAGGACUGUGUCACAGAUUAUUAACAGCUUCAUUGAUCUCUCCUUGUUCAAGCACCGUGGCUUUUUGCUCUACAUCAUGGGCAAUAUUAUCAUGUUCUUCGGUCUCUUUGCUCCACUGGUGUUUCUCAGUAAUUUUGCAAAGAGUAAAGACAUCCCCAAAGAGAAGGCGGCCUUCCUUCUGUCUGUGCUGGCUUUUGUUGACAUGGUUGCACGGCCCUCGAUGGGUAUUGUGGCAAACACCAAGUGGGUCCGGCCCAGGAUACAGUACUUCUUUGCUGCCUCGGUGCUGUACAACGGAGUUUGCCACGUCCUGGCACCGCUGUCAGUAGACUAUAAAGGCUUUGUGAUUUAUGCCAUGUUCUUUGGGUUUGCCUUUGGAUGGCUGAGCUCUGUGCUGUUUGAGACCCUUAUGGACCUGGUGGGAGCCCAGCGUUUCUCCAGUGCUGUCGGGCUGGUCACCAUCAUGGAGUGUGGUCCUGUGUUGCUGGGCCCCCCUCUGCUUGGGAAGUUCAAAGACAUCUAUCACGACUACAAGUACACGUACCAGGGCUGCGGGAUCCUCCUCAUUGUCUCCAGCGUCUUCCUGUUCAUGGGGAUGGGACUCAACUACCGACUGCUGGCCAAAGAGAAGAAAGAGGAGGAGAGGAGGGCCAGGGUGGGAGGAAGAGAACAGAGGUCUAACAGGGACAAUGCUGCAAAGGAGGUGGCAGAAGCGAGGAACACAGAAGACACUGUCUGAUUAUCUGUACCACGUUAAAUCACUGUCCUCAGUGGGGUGCAUACGUAUGAACAACAGAUGCUCGGGUGAAUCGGGACAGCAGAUAAACAUUUUUCUCUUUAAUAAUUAAAUCGUUUAUGAAGUCCAGUGCAGGAACCAUAGCCUCAUAACCUCACUCUGAAUUCCAUCUAAAAUAUUUACACACCAUCAAAGUCCUUUAAACACUAAUGAACACUCUACAUAAAAUACCUCUUAUAUGCUUAUAUGGACUGUUAUGUGCAUUUGUUAGACUAUUCCAGUUUGUUUAGCCUUUUAUGUCCCUUGUGAUGUUAGAGUUUUAUGUUUUGAAUAUCAGAUUAUAUCCUUAUAACCUCUUUUUUCUGCAGCACAUAUCUGCAGCAUAUAUAUAUAUAUAUAUAUAUAUAUAU